ACCAUUCCCUCCUCGCGCUCUACCCGCGACAAUCGACGUCCAAAACCUCCUUCUUCUCUACGCCUGGGAGAACCCGGGAGAUCUCUUCUUGAUCUCGACGGGCUAGAAUCCGUGCGAGUCUUAUAUGUCCCUGCUUUCGAAGGCAACUGUCGGAACAGUGGGGCUACUUUGCAAAACAUUUCUCAAAAUCGGCUACUGCUCUUCUGUGACUGUGAAUGGCCUAGAGAAUCUAUAUAAAGCACUCGAGAGCGACGAGAGAAACUCAGGUCGCGGUGUGGUGACCAUAUCCAACCAUAUCUCGACUCUGGAUGAACCAGUUAUGUGGGGGGUUCUCCCGCUUCGGUACCACCUCAAUACGCGCAUGACGAGAUGGACGCUAGGGGCAUCCGACAUCAUGUUCACGAAUCCGAUGUUCUCCGAGUUCUUUCGUAAGGGGCAGGUUAUCGAGACUUUCCGGGGAAAUGGUGUCUUCCAGCCCGCUAUUGAUCUUGCCAUCAAGAAGUUGAACAGCGGUGCUUGGAUUCACUUGUUUGGCGAAGGGAAAGUCAACCAACCCACGCGAGCUCCAGGGCACAGUCCCGUGGACUUGAUACGGUUCAAAUGGGGUGUAGGUCGUAUACUGAUGGAGACAAUCAAACCUCCGAUUAUCAUCCCUAUGUGGCUAACCGGCUUCGACCAAUUGAUGCCAGAGGGCCGCUCCGCUCCCUGGAAGUUCUUCCCCCGACCAGGCGCAGCGCUCAGCAUCACCUUCGGCAAACCAGUCGACAACACUGCCGUACGGGAGAUGUUAGGCCUCGCCGUCAGCACGGGCGACAUGCCAGAGCUUUCGCAGGGCACUAGCGGCGGAAGGACAGACCCUGUGCGGCCUCGCCAAGAAAAGGCGAGCGCACGGGUCUCGGAGAGCGGCUGGUGGGGUGAUGCUGCAUCGCCGAGGCUGAAGGUGGAGGCGCAGAGUGCCCCUGGGUGGCAGACUGCGGAGGAGAUUGCGAGAAUACGUAGUGCCGUGACGGCGCUGCUGCAGAGGGAGGUGGAGAAGUUGGGCAGAGAGGUUGUCGGGGAGCGUGUAUAGUUGAUGUAGACUUUGUUGUGUGUUCAUAAGCUAUAUCUAUCAAUGUUGUAAUGUUGCUCGCGAAGUUCUGCAUUGUCAUUUACUUCCUUGGA